UUUGACAAGAGAAUAGUUUCGGUUUGUUUUAAAAUACUUGUCGAAAAGAGCAUUUCAAAAUUGCUUAUUAAAAUUAUGUUUUUUAAUACAUACAAUCAAUAUAAAAGUAUGUAAUUUGAAUUUGGCGCUUACGGCUUAAGUAAAAUCACCGCAACCGCGAUCGUGGUUUUGAGGUUCGCAACUUUAAAUUAUCGGUGUGAGAAUAAUACCACACAAAAAUUACUUCGUCUUUUAAGAGGACCGAAAAUAUGUUUGUUUUUUUGUAAUGGAUAAUACAGAAAUUCGAGUACAAAAAUAUUUAGUUAAUUUUUGUAAAGCUUUGCCUCCACAUGUGGAUUCUUGGAGGUCGGUAUUACAGGAUUCUGGCAAGCCGCUCCAAAGCUUGACAAAUUUGUGUGAACAACAGCGCUCAAUUCAAAAAGUUACAUUAUCCAAUUUUGAGGAUUUUAGAGAGGCACAAAAUGUGAUACUACAUCGAAUAACGAUUGGAAUUGAGGAGGAAUUACUUUGCAUUAAAAAAUUAGUGGAAAAAUUAAAUGAAUGUAACAUUGAUUUAAAAAACAAAUUAUUAGUAUUUGAGAGAUCUACAUUGAAUUUAAAUUGGGAGGAAAAUAGUGAGUUGAUAAGAGGAAAUGGAUCUCAACCACCUUUAACAAAGUUAUUACAUUACAGUUUACAGCUCUUGAAUUAUUUUACUACGAAAGCAAAAGACAUUAGUGAUAAAUUCAAGUCGCUAAAUCUAGAAAAUGAAAAAUCGGUUGAACAAUUAAAAAAUUCCUUUGAUGUUGAUAUUGAUCAAAAGAUAGUUAGGAACUUAUUGGCUCUAACACAAUAUGUUGACAAUGAAAAAGAAAUUAUUUGAUGAAGUUUUUUUCAAUGUUAAAUAAACAUUAUUUUGUACUGAUUGCACUUAUACAAUGUAUUUCAAAUGUAUAAAAAAUUAAGAACACCUAGUUUUUAAUAUCAGAAAUAAAUAAAAAAAAAAGAAAUGAAAAGAAAUGUAAGUUGGA